GAGGGUGGGGUGUUCUUUUUUGUUUGCGUUAUCCUUUCUUUCUUCUAAUCAUUCAUAUUUUUUUCAAUUAUUUAGAGUAGGAUAUAAUAGGCCAACACAAUCAUUUCGAAAGUAUGCCUAACCAAGUGUGUACAUACUCCACAAACACGACGGUCUAUCGCUACUCAACAUCUCUGAAAGUCAAUAGUAUAGUUCAAUUGAUUUCGAGAGUAAAUAUUUGGAUAGUAGAAAAUGCUCAGUAAAGGUUAGAUUCCUUUAAAUUGAUAGAAAUAGUGUUUUCCUUUCCGGUCAGACUAUCAUUGAUUUGCAAGAAGAUAGAUUUCAUUGAAUUUUGAGUAUUAGAAUCAUUAUCUUAACAAAAUGCCCAGCUACAAGCUAAUAUACUUUGAUGCACGUGCCCGAGGUGAACCAGCUCGAAUGCUCUUUGCAUUGAAAGGACAAGAGUUUGAAGAUGUACGGUUUGCCUAUGGAGAUCAAGAAUGGUUGAAAGUUAAAGGCGACAAAGCAAGGUUUCCUCUUGGUCGGCUCCCCGUCCUAGAAAUCGAUGGAAAAAUUCUAAGUCAGAGUAGAGCAGUUUGGCGUUAUUUAGCGAGAGAGUUCGGUUAUUAUGGAAAUAACAAUAAAGAAUCAUCCGCAAUUGAUGAAAUACUAGGAGUUGUUGUCGAUUUCGAGGUUGCCAUGGCAACAGCAUUUGAUGAGCCUGAUGCUGACAAGAGGGUAGCUGGUCUUCUGAAGCUCAGAGAUACAAAACUCAAACCAUUUUAUGAAUUCUUCGAGGAAUCUCUCCACAAGUCAGGAGGUAUAUACUACGUUGGAAACAAGCUCACUCUCGCCGAUUUAGUAAUAUUUAAUAUCAUGGAUUUCUUCAUCGAGGGCGCUUUCUACAUCAAAGACUACUUCAUGCCUUAUCCAUCUCUUCUUAAUUUCUACAAAUUCAUCAAGACAGAGUCCGUUCUCUCGGCGUACCUCAAGGCAAGGAAGUAUACCCCAUAUUGAUCAGACGCUGAUUUUCGAACAACUUAUUAAUGGACUCAUUUCAUUGUUUAGAUCAGUAACUGAAAAUGCUACAAUGUGUAUAUAUCUAUAAAUAAAAUAAAUAAAUGAAAAAAUAAAUACAUACAUAAAUAAAUUCCCUCCAAUACCCUAAAUGUAUACAAAGGUACGAAUAGGAAAACACAUUUUACAAAGCCUCUCUGCACAUGCAAACAUACUUUGUUGUAAUCCACACCUUUUUUCUUCGCCAUAUCCUUCUUCGUUAUAACCUUUUUAUAUACUUUUUUACGCCCCCAUUU